AUGGAUGAUGCUCCAUUAAAAUAUCUUCCACCAAAAUAUGUUACCGUUAUUUGCGAUCGUUGUAAUUGGUCUCCAAUAAUUGCUAUUCAUUAUAAAUGUCUUAAAUGUAUUGAUUAUGAUUUAUGUGAAUCAUGUGCUGAUCGUCAAUUAAUUCAUUCUCAUCAUGUUAUGGAAACACAAACAACAUUUAUUGAAGAUAAACAAAAUGAAGAUGAACAAAUUGGUGAUGAUAUUGAAAUAAUUCCAAUAAAUAUUAUUUCAAAUGAUUUUGUUCAAUUAGAUUUAAAUGAAUGCAAUGAAAAAUCAAUAUUAAUGGAUCAUUCAUCAAAAUGUCGUGAUAAUGUUGAUGAAGAAGAAUAUAUGAUACGUUGUUAUAAUACUGCUUAUGGCCGAUAUUCAGCAUGUCAACGAAAAGUUUACUUGCAACAUUUAAGAGAACAGCAUAAAAUUAAAAUCAGACCUCUCAUUUUUGAUAUUUUUAUUGAUCGGACGAACCGAAUUCGUGCACGACUUGGAACAAUGUCCGUUGAUGGAACUACGCAACUAGCAUAA